AUGGAGGAUGAGGCGUUUUACUUCGGCGGGCUGCCGAAAUUCCCUUUCUACUGGUGCCCCAAGCCGUCUAGGUUUCACGGGGUAGGCCAGGUGAAAGUAACGGCCUCGGAGGUGGCCGCUAUCGACAACCUUGUUGCGCUUCCUCGCCCGCUGGAUUGCAAGCUCGUUCUGUCGCUUGCGAACUUGGCAUACAGGGAGAGGGUCUUGGAGAGUAUCAUGGGGAAGAAUUUGUGGCGCGAGCUUAAGCAUCGCUACAAUGUCACAGAACUCGAGGUCCCCGAGCCCCAAGAGGAGGAUGUUUCCCCUCUACAGGCUAGCCAAAAAAGGAAGAGGGGAGCGAGGGAGGUUGGGGGGACUUCUGCCUUUGCGGGCGCCGAGGAGGUGGCCUCCAAGGCCGCCGAUGCUGAUGUAGUGGAUCUCACCGAGAGUCCACCGCCCCAGGUGGCCUUUGAGGAGGUGGCUCAGAUUGUUGAGCCUACUGUGCAGGCCGCUGAGGUCGGGGCGACCGCUGCCGAGGUGGGAGACCAGGCUGUUGAGGAAGUUGCUCGAGUUGCCGAGGUGGCGAGUAUCCUAUUUCUUGGGUUUUUCGUUAAUCCUUUUAUUAUGCUUUCUGGUCGCUUGACCUGGGGCCAUUUUUGCAGGCAGGAAAUGCCCCUGAGGCGGCGACGCAGGCUGUCGAGCGGGUCGCCCAAGCUGCUGAGGCAAGGUCGGGGGUCCCCAUUGUGGACUUUCUGGAUGCCGAGCAAGGGACGUCGGCUUCUGUCUCUGCUGAGGCUCGUGGAGGAGGUCCUAGUCAUGAGGUUCCUCCGUCCGCGGUUGCCGCUUCGGCGCCGCCGCUUGUCUCGUCGCAGGAGGCUUCCCGGAGCCGAUAUCUGGCUCACCGUUUCAGGAAGGGUCUUUCCAAAGUGCGGCUGGACCACGUGAGCGCCUCCGCCGACAUGAAUUCGCUGUGGAGCGCGGGGGUGACCGGGGAGAAGUUCUACCCUCAGGGUUCGUUGAGCUCCGAGGACCAGGGGUUGAUAGACAGGGCCGGUCCCGAAGAGAAUUUUGAUGCGGCCUAGGUCCUUCUGUAGAGGGUUAUGGGCAUAAUGGGCCAUUGGAAGCCCAAGUGGGGCCAACAGCGGGAGGAUUUGGCCAAGUAGCAGGAGGACCUGGCCAAGUUGAGGGGCCGACUUCAACCCUGGAAGGAGGCAAACAAGAUGCUGAGGGAAGAGAAUAAUGCUCUUAGCGCAGCCCUUGGUGAGGCGAAGCGGCACGAGGCUAAGCUCCGUUCUGCGCGUGGCGACCUUGCACGGGUGCAGAAGUCUCUUGAGAUUGCGUUGCGAUCCAAUGAGGCUUAUGCCUCUCAGGUGGGGGAGCUGCAGGAGCUCGUCGCCUUCUCUCGAGGCCGUG